GACAGCCCCAACAAGAGAACGAGAGCAGCCAGCCACGGAACCUCACCCACCACAAGCAUUCAGCGCAGCACAAACAGCUCCUAUGACCAAUGACAGACCUCGGGAAGACGCGGGCCUUCUUUAGUACACAUCCGUCUCAUCUACCUACCUACCUACCUUACCAACACUCCAAACCACCACCUCAAAAUGACCACCACCACCACCACCACCCCCCAACCCCUCUCCCCUCAAUCCAACUGCACACCUACUUCCGCUCCUCCUGCUCCGCACGCCUGCGCAUCGCCCUGCACCUCAAAUCCCUCCCCUACACCUCCAUCCCGAUCAACCUCCUCGCGAACGAACAACACAGUCCCAAAAACACCUCUCUCAACCCGUCCGCCACCGUCCCCACCCUCAUCCUCACCUACCCGUCCCCCACCCAACCCACAACAAUAACAAUCCCCCAAUCCCUCUCCGCCCUCGAAUACCUCGAAGAAACCCUCCCCAGCAGCUGCCCCGCGCUCCUCCCCCCGCGCUCCUCUCCGCACCUCCGCGCCACCGUGCGCACCCUCGCCUACAUAAUCGCAGUGGACAUCCAACCCGUCACCAACCUGCGGAUCCUGAAGCGGGUCGCGCCGCUAGGAAUGGACCGGGAGACGUGGUCGCGCGAGCUGAUCGAGGAGGGGCUGCGGGCGUAUGAGACCAUCGCGGCCUCGUCGGCGGGGAGGUUCAGCGUGGGCGAUUCGGUCACGUUGGCCGAUGUGUGUCUGUUGCCGGCGGUUUGGGGGGCCGAGCGGGUGGGUGUCGAUUUGGGGAUGUUUCCGACGGUGGAGAGGGUGAGAGGGGAACUGGAGGGGCUGGGGGCUGUGAGGGAGGCGCAUUGGAGGGCGCAGGGGGAUACGCCGGGGGAGUUUAGGGUUUAG